CUUUCAUCUAUUAUUCCCUGUUUGGAUUUCGGAAUUUAAGAACAAGGUUGAAAAAUUCCUUAUGGCUGCCAUGUGCGGUGGUGAAACAGAGACUAAAUCUCCGGUUACUCCCAGCUCCGUCGGCCCUAGGAGACGCCGAAUGGAGAUUCAUCAGUUCCGUUUCGUGGCGCCGGAUGCCGCGGUGGCUCCGCCUCUGGAGACCGAGAGGAAGCGCCACAGGUCUGGUAAGGUUUUUCCGGAUUCUCCGCCGCCGUUGGAGAGCCAAAGCGCAUCGGAGAGCUGUGUCACGAAUGAGAAGUGUAAGAAGCGGAGGAAUUCGGAAGUAAACGAAAUCUCUCAGAUUUCUAAGCUUGGCGAGGAUAAAAAAUCGGUUGAGAAAACUAAGGCAAUCAUUAGCAGCAAGGAUCCGAUCGAGGAUCCGAACUGGCAUGAAUCGGCGAAGUGCACCGGAGUGGAGCCGGAUUGUCCGAAGUUCGGUAUGACUUCUGUUUGUGGAAGGAGAAGGGAUAUGGAAGAUACAGUGGCUGUUCACCCCUACUUCCUCCGGCGAAAUGACGAAAACUCGAAGAGAUUUCACUUUUUCGGUGUGUACGACGGCCACGGUUGCUCCCAUGUAGCGAUGAAGUGUGGAGAUAGAAUGCACGAAAUCCUCCAGGAAGAGUUUCUGCAAGGUGAAAAUGCAUGGGAGGAGGCGAUGCGCCGGGGUUUCAGUAAAAUGGACCAGGAAAUAACCGACUGGGCGACUGCAGCGAACUCCGGGGCCGAACGCGCCAGUUGCCGUUGCAAUAUGCAAACUCCUCAAUGCGAUGCUGUCGGAUCCACCGCAGUUGUUGCCGUGGUAACGCCGGAAAAUAUCGUUGUAUCCAAUUGCGGCGAUUCUCGCGCCGUUCUUUGCCGGAGUGGAGCGGCCAUUCCACUGUCGGUUGAUCAUAAGCCGGAUCUACCAGAUGAGUUGAAGAGGAUAGAAGAAGCCGGCGGCCGCGUCAUUUACUGGGAUGGGCCGCGUGUUCUCGGUGUCUUAGCAAUGUCUCGGGCUAUUGGUAUGCUAAAUCCCUAACCACCUUAUUAUUUUCCAGCGAAUUCUAGCUAAUAGUAUUCAUUUCAAUCUUCAGGCGACAAUUAUCUGAAACCGUAUGUGAUACCGGAGCCGGAGGUGACCAUCACGGAGAGGACGCCGGAGGACGAAUGUCUGAUCAUAGCAAGCGACGGGCUGUGGGACGUCGUGUCGAACGAGACAGCCUGUGGCGUUGCCCGCAUGUGCCUGCGACAAGGAAAGUCCCGGUCGCCGGGGAAGUUGCAGGAGAGGGACUUUACAGUGACGGCCGCCGCCGCCGGGGAAAUGUCGGACAAAGCUUGCUCUGAUGCUUCAAUCCUGCUGACCAAGCUGGCCUUAGCGCGGCAGAGUUCCGAUAACAUCAGCGUCGUCGUUGUCGAUUUGAGAAGAGAUGCACAGAAACUAACCUGAUCCAAAUGUACCUUAUUUUUUUUCCUAAUUCGAAGUCUAAAAUGCUCUGUUCAAGGGAGGGCUAACGUGUUAUCGUACAUACACGACACGUAAGGCUACCUUGAAGGGUGAGUUUGGUAGUACAGGGCUUAGGCAGGAUCUAUAAUGAGAUCGGGUUGCGGCCCAUAAUCACAACUAUAUUACUAAAAUAGAAAAUGAUUAAAAUGUUGUGUUCUAAAGUCUAAACUUUCCAGGCAUUUCCUUUUUGAUGUGAAUUGACACCUUUUAAAUUCGUCUAUAACUAAGGGCAUUUUUACGUGUCAGAUCACAUUUGGUCGUUCUUCAGGAAGAGUGUGCCAUGAACUCAUUCGAAGUAUUUUAUCUUUUUUUGUGAGAUUUCCUUUUAAUUAUGUAAUAGGAAAAAGCAAAAAUACUUGCAUCUAGUUUUCAGCUGAAUUUAGAAUUUAGAAUUUAGGUCGCAAAUAGUUUUUGAAUUAAAAUUGAACAUAAAUGAACCAAUUGUGUGAUCAAUUAG